GGCAAAAAUGUCUGCCUAAGGGAAACUCGCAACUUAACCAGAGUGGAUAUUUCGCUAAAAAAUAUAAUUACAAAGAUAUCGACUUCGCUGUCCUUCAGACGCGAAUUAAAGACAGCUACAAUCCCUUUGCCACACCGACCGCCCUUAGUCGGAUUUUUAACGCGAAAAAGGUAAAAUUAUUGUAGCGAGUUUGCAAAGGUUUGGGACUGGCUGAAAGAAGUUGGGAUACAGAAAGACUGGAGCUGUUAUGGACUGAAUGAGUUGUUGGACCGGAAGAAGGAUGAAUCCUCAGCAGCGGAUCGCCGCUAUCGGGACGGAUAAGGAGCUGAGUGACCUGCUGGAUUUUAGCGCGAUGUUUUCACCGCCGGUGAGCAGUGGUAAAAACAGGCCGACGACUCUAGGGAGCAGCCAGUUCACCGCAUCAGGUAUAGACGAGAGGACAACCGAGGCGUCUUGGGCCGCAGGUGGCCAGUCCAGCCCUUCCUAUGACGAGUCCUCCAGGGGUUUCGCAGACAGCCCUCAUUAUGGUGAUCACUUGAGUGACAGUCGAUUAGUGUCCCAUGAAGGAUUGUCCCCGACACCUUUCAUGAGCUCCAACAUAAUGGGUAAAUCUGAGAGGCCUCCAUUUUCUGCAUAUGGCAGAGAGCCAGGUGUCUCUGGAUGUCAGUCCACUUUGCGGUCAGACAUGGGGUUGGCCAGCCCAGGACCUGUGACCACAGCCGGAAAGUCAUCAGCUCCUUUUUACUCCUUCACAGGCUCCAAUCCUCGACGACGCUCUCUCCAGGACUCCUCUCCUAUGGAUCCUCUACAAACAAAGAAAGUACGCAAGGUUCCCCCUGGCCUGCCAUCGUCUGUGUAUGCACCAUCCCCCAAUUCAGACGACUUCAAUAGAGAGUCUCCUUCCUAUCCUUCCUCCAAACCUCCCAGCAGUAUGUUUACAAGCACUUUUUUCGACGCAACCCACAACUCUUCUGACCAAUGGAACUCGUCCAGUGGUAUAAGCCAGCCGGCUUAUGGGGGAAUGCUGGGAGGAUCUUCAUCUCACAUGCCACAGUCAGGAAAUUACAGCAGCCUGCACUCUCAUGACCGCCUGAAUUACCCCCCACACUCAGUGUCCCCCACGGACAUCAAUGCCAGCCUGCCACCGAUGUCCAGCUUCCACCGCAGCACUGCAAGCAGCUCGCCCUUCGUCACCACAUCCCACACCCCACCCGUCAACACCACAGAGGGAGUUAUGGCUGCAUCCAACCGAGGUAACGCAACUGGAAGUUCUCAGACUGGAGAUGCACUGGGGAAAGCACUCGCUUCGAUUUACUCUCCUGACCACACCAGCAGUAGUUUCCCCUCUAACCCGUCAACCCCGGUGGGCUCACCCUCUCCGCUCACGGCCCAAGCGGGUGCCGCCUCAGCAGGUACAGUGGUGACGGCGAGCGGCCCACCUGGAAGGGCAGGUACUACCCAGUGGCCUCGGGCAGCCGGACAGACCCCGUCCUCCCCGAAUUAUGAGAAUUCUCUUCAUUCUCUGUCUCGGAUGGAGGAUCGUUUGGACAGGCUAGAUGAUGCGAUCCACGUCCUCCGGAACCAUGCCGUAGGUUCUACCGCCUCUCUGCCCAGCGAUAUCCACAGCCUACUGGGACAGACACACAAUGGACCAAUCACAGCCAUCGGCACCAGUUUCCCCACGUCCGGAUUGGUCAACAGCAGGACAACAUCUAUGGGUCCUGCUCAUCGUGAAGAGACAGUCAGUCUGAACGCAAACCACACAGGGCUGCAGAGCACCCCGGGGCCGGCCUCCAGCGCCGAGCUCAAUCACCAGGCUGACACUUUCAGAGGCCUCUCUAGUAGCCUGGCAUCUCAGGUGGCUUCAGCUCUGGAGCUUAAAAUUGAGAAUCAGGACAAGGACGACAUGCAUGAUAACCACUCCUCUGAUGACAUCAAGUCUGAUGACGAGAGCGAUAAAAGGGACAUUAAGACGCCUAGAGGAGGGACUCGAACAAGCAGCAUUAAUGAAGAGGAGGAUCUGAACCCGGAGCAGAAGGCAGAGCGCGAACGUGAGAGGAGAAUGGCUAAUAACGCACGAGAGCGGCUGAGAGUGAGAGACAUCAACGAGGCAUUUAAGGAGCUGGGCCGCAUGUGCCAGCUGCAUUUGAAGAGCGAGAAGCCCCAGACCAAACUGCUCAUCUUGCACCAGGCCGUUGCAGUCAUCCUCAGCCUGGAGCAGCAAGUCAGGGAGCGGAACCUGAACCCCAAAGCAGCCUGCCUUAAGCGGAGAGAGGAGGAGAAGGUUUCUGGUGUUUCAGGGGAACCGCAGCAGAAUCAUCCAUCCGUUCACCCUGGGCUUACAGACACAUCCAACCCCAUGGGCCAUCUGUGAGCACUAGGCAGAUCAAAGUGAUGCAGAGGGAGUGUGUAAGAUUGCAUUGGUGACCUUGCUUUCCAAGGGCAGACAGGACUCACAGCUUGUGACACAAAUUUGAAAAGACAGAGACCACUGCAAGCUAAAUUCCAGUCAAGCGACCCUGAGCUCGAAGAAAACUGGCAAACGCCAAACUAUCUCCAAAGUCCAAAAUUGUAGAGCAAAUUUCUGCCCACGAGAAACAUAUUCAACAAAACCCGAAAGCCCUUCAAGCACAUAUCACUGUCUACAAAGCAGUGUGUCACAUCUGUACAAUCAGAGACUGUCGAAGUCCCCCUCCACCCUCCACGUGGAAGUUGCAUUGUGCCUAAACUGAAUUGACGAAUGCAUUGUAACAGCAAUUGUUUUCCUUUUUUUUUUGUUUGUUUGUUGUUGUUUUUUUUUUUUUUGUUCCUAUUUAUUAUGUUACUGAACUAUAAAGUCUAUGUUUAAAGGGAAAGUUAUGACAUUUGCUUUAAGAAGCUGUUUGGCAUUUCAGUAGAUCUUCAGUUUGCCAAGCUCUUUGAGUGAUCAUGCUGGAGCAGCACUGUGGAAGAGAUCAUCACACAGCCAUCACACAGAUUUACAGCAUCUCUGUGACGUUUCAAACGAAAAGUCUCGAAUGUCCUCCCGUUUAUGUCUAGAAAAAAAAAAGAAGAAUGAGAAAUAAUAUAUUACUUAUAUUUAUGAUAGAUUCAUUCCACGAUCAUCAUCAUCAGAAACCAAAACUACCUAAUGACGCGUGUUUAGUCGAGACUCCAGGACGCAGACGGCUUAGUGUAGUGGAGAGACGGGAGUGCUUCCUUUUCUAUUUUUAUUUUUUAUUUUCGUCUUGCUCCUUCCUCUGUGCUGCGGAUGCAAGGCCCGGAUGGCAAACUGGAGCUUUACUGAAAGGUCAGAGGUCAACCACAGGCUGACGUGUUUAUAGUCAUUAGUAAAUAGUUCAAAUACAGAGAGCAGACCAGUUACUAAACCCUAGCAUUCCCUGCAUACUUCAUAGUGUCUUAACGGAAGGAAAGAAGGACUAGUCCUUUGAAUUCUUCAGCCAUAUAGUGUUAAGUGGGAAGAAAAUGGCAUAUUUCCAUUUAUUGCUUUUCUGAUGUUACAUUAUUUGGUCUCUGCUUAGUUGAACAGCAGUGGUCUUCUACGCUUAGCCUCCAGCUGAGAAAUUAGACAUAGCUAUUAUCAGACAGAGUAGACUCAAAACGAUGACCACAGCAUCACCUGGCCUGAAUUGAAGUUUUGCUUGAUUUUCUUUAUGUCUACAAACCAGUAACAUAAAAAAAAAAGACAAAAACCACAAAAAAAAAUAUCAUUAAAUAACCACAACAUUAUAUGUUUAUUUGUAAUUGUAUACAAAGCAUCUUUCUAGGCUUCAUAGUAAAGCGUAUAUUGUCCUGUGUGAAAAAUAGAAGAAAGAUAUUCUAAGUUACUUAGGAUGGAUUUGUCUCUCCCCCAAAGCAGUGAAGUACUUGAUACUGUGUGUGUGUGUGUGUGUGUGUGGUGUGUGCAAUGUCCAAAAUUCAAACGCUGUGACAACAAAAUCAGCAACCAGGCGAAACCAUGAACAAAAGCAUUUUGUUUUUUAUUUUAUAUAAAGAAUCAGCAUUGAGUCUGUCUUUUUUUCUUUCUUUUUUUUCUUCCUGUGUAUUAUUUCUUAUUGAACAUAUUUUUGGUCUUAAUUCUUUCUCUUGAGAUUCUCCCCCCCCCCCCCUCCUUGUCUUCCAUAUGCAUGCUCAGCUCCUCAAACAAAACUGCCACAUCGGAAAGAAAAAGUCUGAAGAACAAAGCAACUAUCGCAGAAAACUCCUGACCGGAUCUCGGCAUAUCCAGACCGAUUUCUAUCUACGACCCUCCUCUUUGUUUUUCUUUUCUUUUUCCUCCCCAAAAUCCUCGUGAUAUCUAUAUUCGUCUUUGUGUGGCCUUGUUAUACAUUUCAGUAUUGAAGAGCUCGUGUUGUUACUGGCUAAAGGUCGAUCGAGGUUCUGUCAUCUCUUUAUUUUAAGUUGUCCUGUGUUCCUUUCUGUUUUUUUCCUGCGUUCAUUUUCUGCUUUUCGUUCUCUCUCGGAUUAUGUUAGACUUUGCUGUAUGCCCUCAUGCUUUCCCUCAUUAAAAAAAAAAGUAUAUGAAAAGGAUAAAAACAAGCAAAAAAAAUAAUAAUAAAAAAAAAACCAUUUGGCUUAUUUUUCACUGUAGUUAGCCUUUUAUACAAUAAUAUUGUAAGAACAUUUCUUGAAUUCUAAAUAUUACUCUUUCUAGAUUUUUGAAAUCGAAAGUUUUGAGUAAAAAGUUUCUUACUUUAUUUUACUAUAUUAGAUAGUAAAAAAAAACCAAAACAAAACAAAUGUACGGUUAUUUUACCAUAACCUGUCCACUAUUAUUGAGAAUUUAUGAAUAGCAUCUUAAGAGCAUAAAGUAGGAUCGUAGCUCGAGGUGUAGUGUGUAUGAGGUGUCGUACGAGCUCCAUGUUCUAUAGGAUGUGCUCUCAUCUCUGGCUCUAGUCUGCGUUGUUGGUGGAUGAACAGAUUUGUACCCCUGUCCAAAUCCAAGGUAUUGUCGAACAUCAAGAAUUUAAAGAAACCAGCAGCAAGAAGUAAAAAAAAAUUUCUUUUCUGUCUCUGUAACAGAAAACACGAUAUGUAUAUAACAUUUAUGUAGCAAUAAAUGUGCCAUCUUUUUUAACAAGACUGUACGUGCGUUUAUUUCCUUCUCUCGACAAACUCUUUUUUUUUUUUUUUUUUCUCCCCGGUCAUCCUCCGGUGCUUUUUUUUAUUGAUUUGUUGAUCGAUACCUCAUGUAUGUUUUGUUGAGCUGAAAAAAAUGUAUUCGGAAUAAAAAAAAGGUUCUUACGUAUCCGGUCCUGCCACAGCAUCUCCUCUUUAGAAGACUUUUCUACAGUGGAUUUAGGCCAAAUGAAGAACUCUGUGCAAGUCCAUGCAAGAGCGUGUUUUAUACUAUGUACCUGAUUUUUCUUUUCUUUUUUUUUUUUUGAAGGCAUAUCAGUGGACCAUUGUAGUCUGUAUCAAAAGAAGUACUAUGGAGCAUAUGUUUCUAUUUUUAAUAAAGUGUGAUAGCAGCAAGCCUG